AUGUCUGUUAUGAUAUGCUCAUCCUCUGUGCGGGAGGGCGAAGUUUUUCCGCAGAACGGGCUUGGUACUGCAACACCUCCUGAUCUCGACGACGACGACGACGACGGAGAUGGUUUCCCACAAGAAGCGACUGCUUAUACACCUAUAAGGUAUCACUGGGGAUUCCUGAUGGGACCAAAAGAAGAGGCAAAAAAUGAAGUGCCAGGCAUGCGUUUUCACGUUAAAAACGCUCCAGGUACAGAAUGGAUAUACGAGGAAGUGCGCCUGGCAAAUGUCCGGUCCACAAUCAACCUACUUGCACGGAUUGUCGUUGCGAAGGUUGAGGAUGAGGAACGCCUGAAGAACAUCCUCCGAAGCGUUCCUGUUGUCCAAAACGAUCCCGAUUGGAGCUGUUGGAACUUCGAAUCUGGACUGGCAGAAGAUUGA